AUGGCGGCUCCCUGUAUGAUCUGUGGUUCUGCAGUUUUCUACCGGUUCUUUCUGGGCGGAAGAGCUGCUCUUGCCCAGAAACAAAGCAUCUGGAAAGCAGCGUGUGCUGAGCUACAAACUGGUGCCAGAUUCCAGAUAUUAAGACUAAAACAUGUCACAGUUUUAAAGACAAAGAAAAAUGUUCCAGCCUUAAGACAUGAAAUGUACACAGUGGAUUUUAUUAAAAAGCAGAUUGAAGAGUUCAAGAUAGGAACGAGACAUUUAGCCAACAUGAUGGGAGAAGACCCAGAAACUUUCACCCAAGAGGACAUUGAUAGAGCUAUUGUUUACCUUUUUCCCAGUGGUUUGUUUGAGAAGCGAGCCCGGCCAGUAAUGAAGCAUCCUGACCUCAUUUUUCCAAAACAAAGAACAAUCCAGUGGGGAGAAGACGGCCGUCCAUUUCAUUUUCUCUUUUAUACUGGCAAACAGACAUACUAUGCAUUAAUGCAUGAAGCGUAUGGAAAGCUACUAGGUAUAGAAAAACAUCACAAUCAGUUGCAAGCCAAAGAUCUAGUUCUGGAAAAUACUAAAACCAAAGGCCUGAUUGGCAGCAGAUGGCUGAUUAAGGAGGAACUAGAAGAAAUGUUAGUGGAAAAACUGUCAGAUCAAGAUUAUGCACAGUUCAUUCAGCUGCUAGAAAGAUUAUUGACAUUGCAGUGCGGUGCUGCUGAAGAUGAAUUUGUGCAGAGGUUUCGAAGAAGUGUAACUAUUCAAUCACAAAAACAGCUGAUUGAACCUUUACAGUAUGACGAGCAAGGAAUGGCCUUCAGCACAAGCGAAGGGAAAAGAAAGAGUGCAAAAGCAGAAGCAGUUGUUUAUGAACAUGGAAGUGGAAAAAUAAAAGUAAAUGGAGUUGAUUAUUUACUUUACUUCCCAGUGACACAGGACAGAGAACAGUUGAUGUUCCCUUUCCACUUCCUUGACCGGCUUGGAAAACAUGAUGUGACCUGCACAGUAUCAGGAGGCGGGAGGUCCGCACAGGCUGGAGCAAUACGCUUGGCAACUGCAAAAGCUUUAUGCAGUUUUGUCACAGAGGAUGAAGUCGAGUGGAUGAGACAAGCUGGACUACUUACUACUGAUCCUCGUGUCAGAGAACGGAAGAAGCCAGGCCAAGAGGGAGCUCGAAGAAAGUUUACAUGGAAGAAGCGCUAA